AUGGGUCUCACCUCCCAACUGCUUCCCCCUCUGUUCUUCCUGCUAGCAUGUGCCGGCAACUUUGCCCACGGACACAACUGCCAUAUCGCCUUACGGGAGAUCAUCGAAACUCUGAACAGCCUCACAGAGCAGAAGACUCUGUGCACCAAGUUGACCAUAACGGACAUCCUUGCUGCCUCCAAGAACACAACUGAGAAGGAAACCUUCUGCAGGGCUGCGACUGUGCUCCGGCAGUUCUACAGCCACCAUGAGAAGGACACUCGCUGCCUGGGUGCGACUGCACAGCAGUUUCACAGGCACAAGCAGCUGAUCCGAUUCCUGAAACGGCUCGACAGGAACCUCUGGGGCCUGGCGGGCUUGAACUCCUGUCCUGUGAAGGAAGCCAGCCAGAGUACGUUGGAAGACUUCUUGGAAAGGCUAAAGACGAUCAUGAAAGAGAAAUAUUCAAAGUGUCGGAGCUGA